CUCCCUCCCUCUCUCUCUCUCUCGCCCCUUCCCCUCUCGUGACCCCCCCUCGCGGUAUCUUGCGCAAAUGCCCCCUCGGCAUGCCCCGCCGGAGGUCCUCUCCCCGAGGAUCGCUCCCGAGCCGGAGAGUGAGAUCUCCUCCGGAGAUGACUCUUCCGAAUUUGAUGACGCCAACAGCGAGCCGCUCGCCCUGGCACCCGAGCUACCGACGCUCACCCUCACUCAGAUCACCCUUCCCCCGGGAGAGGCGAAACCGACUCCGCCGAAGCGCCCCCGCGUGGGCGAUGGCGGCAUUACCCUCCCCUCACGCAUGUCCCAGCUCCACCGGCUGAUGACCAGCGCCGCCGAGCUGGACAGCGCCGGGGCUGCUGCGACUGCGGCCGCCGCGGCCGCCAUCGCCGUCGACGCCCCGGCCGAGGACCGUGUGGCCCUCAUCGCCGACCUGGCCAAGCGUCAGGAGCCACGUCGCGGCCGGCCUGGCCUCGGCCUCCCGGGUACCGGGUCGCUGGGGCCCCCAGGACGAGUCCCCACACCUGGGCGCAGCUCCGGGCGCCGCCGCAAGGAGCGUAGUGGUCGCCGGCGCAUUGGCGAGAUCCCAGCACACAUGACCGACAUCAUGGGGCAGGCCAACCUGGCAUACAUCAACAAUGACUUCCAAAAGGCGACGCUGCUCCUGUGGCAGGUCAUCCGCGAGGCGCCCCAGGCCCUGUCGCCGUACCAGACCCUGGGGUCCAUCUCGGACGCCCAAAACGACCCGGCCCGAGCGCUGCAGUUCUACCUCAUCGCGGCCCAUCUGUCCCGCCGGGAUCCCGACAUGUGGCGCCGGGUGGGCAUCAUGAGCUAUGAACAGGGCCAGGCCGACCAGGCGCUGUAUUGCUUCUCGCGAACCCUCGGCCUCCGGCCCAAGGACCCGGAUGCCCUGUGGUAUCGGGCCCAGUUGCAGGCCGAGCGCGGCGACCCCCGCCGCGCCAUCGAGUCCUACCGGCAGCUGAUUGACUCGCUGGAGGAGCACCGCCGCGCGUUGGAAGCCCUCCCCUCGAUCGAGGCCCUCAGCCAACUGGGCGGCGCCCGACGCAGCAAGAUCGCCGGAGAUGGGCGCCUCGCCGGGGGCCCGGGCGGCCGCGCGUCCGGCUACGGCCCCUACCAUGGCAGCGAUGAUGAGGAGGACCAGGAUGAGAAGGAGGUGACGGCGGCGGCCGCGGCGGCCGCGGCCGCGGCCGUGUCCAUCCCCGCCGGCUCCGAGCUCCUGGUGGCCCGGGAGCUGGUGCGCCUGUACACCAAGACCAAUCAGCUGCCCGCGGCGGUCCGCCAGUAUGAGGCGGCCUUUGUGACGCAGCGCCAGCGCGCCGCCACUCGGUACACUCUGGAGGACCACCAGCAGCGCAUGGUCCUGCUGACCCAGCUGGGCCUCGGGGACUUUGAGUCCGAACCGAUGCCGGCCCCGGUGGAGCUCAACCUGUCGGAUGCCAACAUGCUGUGCGAGCUAUACAUCAUGCUGCGGCGCUUUUCGCGGGUGGUGCGCAUCAUCGAGAUGUUCGCCCUCCCCUAUGCCCAGGCGGAGAUCCGGGCCGAGCGGUCUCUCGCCGGUGACACGAGCCCCGGCCCGGAUCCGGGCGAUCUGUCGGUCCUCCCCCUGGAGCUGCUGGUGAAGCUGGCCCAGGCCAAGAUCAAGCUCCAUAAGCCGCAAGAGGCCACGGCCAUCUUGGACAUGGUGAAGUUGGACAACUUCAGCACCUACAGCGACAUCUACCUGGAAAUUGCGGACGCCUAUUUCGAUCUGUCCCUCUGGUCCAAGGCCGAGGCCAUCUAUGAGCAGAUCUUGGAAAUUGAUCAGUAUGACUCGGUUCCGGUGUGGCUUCGGCUGGCAUAUUGCCACUUGAAUGCCAACAACGCACCACGCGCCAUCGAGCUCUAUGAGGAUGCGCUGCGCGUGGAGCCCAUGCGCAUGCAGCUGCACUUGAUCUUGGCCCGGCUGAAAGACUCGGUCGCCUCCGGGGCCGGGAUUCCCGACGGCCGGCCCCUUCGACAGGAUAUCAUCGACGCGGCGGCCAUGAACUGGCGCAGCACCGGCAGCCAACUGGCCAGCGAGGGGGAUUCCUCGACCGGUGGCCCGGGCUCCGGGGCCGGUGGCGACCAUGGGCCCGGGGGCGCGGCUUCGUCGCACGCCGGGCCUCGCGCUCGUCGGGCGGCCCUGCUGAAUUGCUACUCGACGCCCAUCAGCCCGGCGCAGCAGCGCAGCGUGGCCGCGGCAUCGGCCCUGCUUGGGGAGUGCUAUCGUCGGGUGCUGCGAGCCCAUGGGACCCUGGAGUCCGGGUCGGUGGCCGGGUCGCGUGUCGGCGCAGACAUCGGCGAUCCGACCGGCGCCGGGCAGUGGACCAAUGCGCCGCGCGAUCCCGCGGCCUUUUUGGCCGCGUGUGACCGGCUGUUUGACCGCCUGCGCGAGGCGGCCCUCGAAUUUGAUCCCCAUGCCCCGGAGGACUCGCGUGCCGGGCUGUCUCACCAGCUUUCCGCCGGGUCCGGCACGGGCCCCGGGGAGGCCCUCAGCCAGCGUCACCUGUCACGCCUGGCCGAUGGCGGCAUUCCCGGGGAAAUGUGGCUUCGCUUGACCGCCCAGUACAUGGACUGCCAGCUGCGGGCCGGCCGGCCGGACCGAGCUCUGCACGCGGUCCAACUCCUGGAAGCCAGUAAUGUGCUGGGCCGGACGCCGGGCCGCCAGCAGCGCCUGCGCCUGUUGCAGUUGGCCGCCGGCGUGUGGGCCGGGGACUUGCGCUUUGCGCUGGACAGCACCCGGUGGUUCUUCUCCGGCAAGGAGGCCGAACGCCCGCGCGUGGAGGCCGCCGUCAACCUGUGGCACGUGGCAUGCGCCGCUGGGCCGACCGCCGCGCGUACACUCAGCGACACGGUGGUCUUCCGGUUUGUGCAGCGCCUCCUGCAGUCGGAGCUCAGUCGCGACCGGACCCCGGCCCUGCACCUGAUGGCCGGGCACCAGAUGCUGGCGAAGCGCUCCCUCGGCCUGGCCCUCAUGUACUACACCCAGGCCUUGACCAUUCGUCCGCAUCUGCCCCUGACGAAUCUCUGCCUGGCUGUGGUCCUGCUCGAGCGGUCCAUGCAGCGCAUCGCCACCAAUCGCCACAUGCUCCUCCUUCAGGCAUUCACCUUCUUCUAUCGGUAUGCGGAGCUCCGGACCCGGUCCGGCACCCUGGGUCCCCCGGGCGAUGGGCUUCCCACCCCGGGGCAAGAGGCGCAGCCCGAGCAUGCGCCAGCCCCCCAGUCCCCGCAGGACCCGGGGCCCAUGGCCACCUUGGCGGCCCCCGGGCUCGGGGGAACACCCCCGAUGGCCGGCGCUCCGCCGGCCAUGCCCGACAUGCCGGCCAUCCUGGCCCGGUCCUUCGAUCGGCAAUUGGACAUGCUGCUGCCGGAUGACUCGGCUGGGCUUGGGAGUUCGGCGGUCGUCCGAUCGCAGGAGGCUUUCUACAAUCUCGGCCGCGCGUAUCAGCAUGUUGGCCUCAACUAUUUGGCCAUUCCGUGCUACCUGCGUGCGCUGGGUCUCUCUUCGGAGUAUGAGCGCGUGCAGUACGACUCGGAUCUGCGCUACGAGGCGGCCUACAAUCUGCACUUGAUCUACGUGCACCAAGGGAACUGGGCCCAGGCCGCCACCAUCAUGGACCAAUAUUUGGUCAUCUAGGCGGCCCCGGCGGGGGUGAUCUCGGCGACGUCGCCGGAGCCUCGGUCCCCCUGGUGUGUCGGCGGAUGAUCAUCGCCGCCCGCCACGGCAACGGGCGUGUCUCCACGCCCGGCAGGAAUAAAUGGGAAACCGGCAUGCGCGA